ACGUCAAUAUAUGCGUUCUGUAUGCUUUGGAGCUGUGAUUGCAUCCUGGAAAAGAACCGUCGUGCAGGGCGUGAUUUGAAUUGGUAUCGGAGAGCCCAGUGCUUAUGCGCUGUCAGUGCUCAUUUCGUCGCGCUGCAUCUACGGUCGCAUAAUAUCUCCUGGCGUGCCUCGUGUGAGUGUUCUGCUGCUUUGGAAGCGAAUAGUAUAGAGCGGGUGGCAAGGCUUGGACAUGAUAAGUUGACGUGUUCGUCUUCGUCUCGCAGCGGACGUCGUUCCGGUUCUGAUUCGUAUUAGACAAGCCAAUGGUGGUAUCUCUUGAUGUUUUGGUGGUAAAGACUGGACGAUGUCGGCCUUCCUGUUUGGGACGUCACAGGGCGACCAACCCGAUUUUGACUAUUCCAACCUCCGGUACUUCCUUCACUGUCGCUCUUUGAUUUCAACCAUCCGAACAUUCUGCAAUUCAGGAUAAUUUCAGUAGACGAUGGGAAAUGAUGUUGAUCUCCCGGGAAUGAUCCAUGGUCUCGG